AUGGAGCAACUGAGCACCGCAAAUACCCGCUUUACCAUCGAUCUGUUCGGUGCGCUGAACGAAGCCAACCCAACUGGAAACAUCUUCGUCUCUCCAAUCAGCAUUUCCUCCGCUCUGGCCAUGAUCUAUCUAGGGGCCCGAGGAGACACUGCAGCCCAGGUGUCAAAGACAUUUCAUUUUGAUGCCGUUGAUGAGGUUCAUUCAAGGUUUCAGAGCCUGAAUGCUGACAUUAACAAACGAGGAGCUUCCUAUGUGUUGAAACUUGCCAAUCGACUAUAUGGAGAGAAGACCUACAGCUUCCUUCCAGACUUCUUGGCUUCCACUGAGAAAUUGUAUGGUGCCAGUUUGACCACUACGGACUUCGUUAAAGCUUCGGAAGAGGCCCGAAAGGAGAUCAACCAAUGGGUAGAGGGGCAGACGGAAGGUAAAAUCCCAGAACUUUUGGCUGAGGGAAUUGUUGACAGCCUGACAAAACUUGUCCUGGUGAACGCUAUCUAUUUCAAAGGAAACUGGGCCGAGAAAUUUGAUGAAAAGGCCACCUCUGAUAAGCCAUUUAGGCUAAAUAAGAAGGAACAAAAAACAGUGAGAAUGAUGUACCAGAAGAAGAAACUACCUUAUGGCUAUGUGGAAGAAAUGAAGUGUCACGUGUUAGAACUUCCUUACGUAGACAAAGAACUUAGCAUGAUCAUCCUGUUACCAGAUGAUAUUGAGGAUGACUCUACUGGCCUCAAAAACAUUGAGAAGCAGCUCACCUUGGAAAAGCUAAGGGAAUGGACUCGAUCCGAAAACCUGGAGUCCUUGGAUGUUCACGUGCGUCUGCCCAAGUUUAAGUUGGAAGACAGCUACAACCUUAACUCUCAUUUGUCUCGCUUGGGGUUGAAGGAUCUCUUUGUCAGUGGCAGGGCUGAUCUGUCCGGUAUGUCAGGAGCUCGGGAUCUCUUUAUAUCCAAAAUUAUCCAUAAAUCCUUUGUGGAAGUGAAUGAAGAAGGCACAGAAGCAGCCGCUGCCACUGCAGGCAUCUCUAUGUUUUGCAUGAUAAUGCACGAGCCGAAGUUCACUGCCGACCAUCCAUUCCUAUUCUUCAUUCGGCACAACCCUACUGGAAGCAUUCUGUUCUUUGGUCGAUAUUCUUCCCCAUAGGAAGUAGUGGAGAAAAAUAUUUCCAAUGAAAUCCCAGAGCUCUUUCCAUGAGUCCAGUAAUGUUCACAGAAUGCUGUUUUGUGCAUUUUUCCUUUAAUAAAAUUGAUCCUGAAAACAGA